AUGCACAGUUACAAAACAAUAAAAAAUAACAUAAUUUUUNAAAAAUCAGAUUCAGACAGUGAUCUGUCUCUUUCAAGAAAUCGGUCAAGUAAAAAGCAUUUAGAGAAGUUACAAAGAAAACAGUCUGAAAAAUCAGAUUCAGACAGUGAUCUGUCUCUUUCAAGAAAUCGGUCAAGUAAAAAGCAUUUAGAGAAGUCACGAAGAAAACAGUCUGAAAAAUCAGAUUCAGACCAUGAUGUGUCUCUUUCAAGAAAUCGUUCUAGUAAAAAGCAUUCAGAAAAAUCACGAAAGAAACGGUCUGAAAGAUCAGAUUCAGACAGUGAUCUGUCUCUUUCGAGAAAUCAGUCAAGUAAAAAGCAUUUAGAGAAAUUACAAAAGAAACACUCUGAAAGAUCAGAUUCAGACAUCAGUAGAAGUUCUCAGAAAAGACAUAAAAAGAAACACAAAAAACAUUCCAGAAAAAGUUCAUCACCAGAAGUAGCACAUAAAAAUGUGCCACGUAAACGAUUAGAUUCAGACAGUGACUUAUCUCCUCCAAGACCUACAGAAAUUCAACAAAAUUCUGAAAAUUUGCAAAGAAAACAAAGAUUUGAUACAGAUAGUGACCAGAGCCUUCCUCGUCCAAAUCAAAACAGAACAAAUUAUUCAGAUGAUGAUUUAUCACCUUUAAGGAGUAAAAGUAAGUUAAAAAUAAGAGAUUUAGAAUUUUGCUUUAGUAUUGAAAAUUACUAA